CAGUCAGCAGGGCUGUAGUCUGCAGGGGGAGACACGCCGCACGGUUCUGUGGGGGAAAGAUGGUUUCGAUCAAGUCGCCGUCUCUGGUGCCGGUGUCCGGGGCUCAGACUCUGCUCGCGGGGGUCUGCCUGGCCGUCGCCCUGCUCGCCUUCCUGCUGGUCCGGCAGCUCUUCAAGCAGAGGAGACCCCCGGGCUUCCCCCCCGGACCCUCUCCCAUCCCUGUCAUAGGAAACAUACUGUCCCUGGCCACCGAGCCGCACGUCUUCCUCAAGAAGCAGAGUGAAGUUCAUGGACAGAUUUUCAGUAUUGACCUGGGAGGCAUCCUGACUGUGGUGUUGAAUGGAUAUGAUUGUGUGAAGGAGUGUCUUUACCAUCAGAGUGAGGUGUUUGCUGAUCGCCCGUCGUUGCCGUUAUUCAAGAAAAUGACCAAAAUGGGCGGCCUUCUGAACUCUAAAUAUGGCAAAGGCUGGAUCGAACACCGUAAACUGGCGUGCAACUCUUUCCGUUACUUUGGCAGUGGCCAGAGGCAGUUCGAGAAGAAGAUCUCCGAGGAGUGCAUGUUCUUCGUCGACGCCAUCGACAAGCACAAGGGGAAGCCCUUCAACCCCAAACACCUUGUGACCAACGCCGUGUCCAACAUCACCAACCUGAUCAUCUUCGGACAACGCUUCACCUACGACGACCGCAACUUCCAGCACAUGAUCGAGCUCUUCAGCGAGAACGUGGAGUUAGCAGUGAGCGGCUGGGCCCUUCUCUACAACGCCUUCCCGUGGAUUGAGUAUUUGCCGUUUGGAAAACACCAGAAGCUGUUCCGCAACGCUGCGGAGGUUUAUGAUUUCUUACUGCAGGUGAUACAGACUUUCUCUCAGGGCAGGGUGCCACAUGUACCUCGACACUAUGUCGACGCUUAUUUGGAUGAGUUGGAACAGAAUGUAGGAGACCCCAGUUCCUCUUUUUCCUACGAGAACCUCAUCUAUUCAGUUGGCGAGCUCAUAAUUGCUGGAACAGAGACCACAACCAACACCCUGCGCUGGGCCAUGCUGUACAUGGCCCUCUACCCCAACAUCCAAGAGAGGGUGCACAGUGAGAUCGACAGCGUUCUCUCCAACGGGAGGGCGCCCACGCUGGAGGACAAGCAGAAGAUGCCCUUCGUGGACGCCGUUCUGCACGAGGUCCUUCGCUUCUGCAACAUCGUGCCGCUUGGUAUUUUCCGCGCCACCACCCAGGAUGCAAAUGUCAAGGGGUACUCGAUUCCUAAAGGCACCAUGGUGAUUACGAACCUCUACUCGGUGCACUUUGAUGAGAAGUACUGGAACGACCCCGGCGUUUUCUUACCGCAGAGGUUUCUGGACAGCAAUGGCAACUUUGUGAAGCGCGAGGCCUUCCUUCCCUUCUCCUUGGGGAAGCGUUGCUGCUUAGGUGAACAACUGGCCCGGAUGGAGAUGUUCCUCUUUUUCACCACUUUGCUGCAGAGGUUUCACCUCCAGUUCCCUCCAGGAAUCGUCCCCAGCCUCACUCCCAAACUGGGCAUGACCCUACAGCCCAAACCCUACUCCAUCUGUGCCGUCCGCAGACAACAGAGAGUCCCGUCCCCUGGAGACACUCCUUACCACAAGUAGGCAGGCAGGCAUCUAUAACAGCUUGUCAGGCUGUUAAAGACACGUUUACUAUUUUGCACAGCAAUGCAACCACAUGAUACGGGUGCAUCAAACUGUAUCGCUGGAGUGUAAAUGUCCAGAUCCGGUGUAUCUUUCCAAAGCGACCAAGGUGGCUCUACAGCCGAGCACAUGAUCCAGUUUAUUCAGGUACUGUUAAAUUCUCUUACUGAGCAGGAUGCAUGUUUGCACAAUGCCUUUGCAGCAGCAGGGGAGGUGAUGAGACUCUGUGGUGAGAGGACAUCCGAGGAACACAAGUGUGCUAUUGAUUCAGAGCUCUAUAGCUGGGGAGAUGAAAUGUCUAUGAACCUUGGUGCUGCAGCGAUGGGUUUGGUAUCAAUGAUUGACAGUAAGUACACCCACUGUGGUUCAAAGGCCUGCCUUCUUGGGACAGCUUCAGGUCAGACAGAUGACACCACGAAUUCGUACGUGUGGGGCGCAACAGGACGAACACACUUUCCAGGAAAGUUCUGGACACUGUACUGGGGCUGGACGAGGGCCAAGAUUUACGUCACCUGGACUGACUCUGACCCCGUCUCCAGGGAGAGAACUCGGUGGAAAGUCUUUCUCUUAGAAAUGCAACGCUGGUGGAUUUCUAAUAACUGACGAUGCAACACUGAUUUCUUCUAAAUGGUGCUGAGCAGUACUAACAAAGUACUGUUGUAUGUGUUAAGGUUAACUUUUGUUUGUCUUUUUUUGUAAUG